CAUGCACUGCGCUUUAUGCAGCCCCCCCCACCCAAGGAAAUUGCAAGUCCCAGAAUGCACUGCGCCUUACAGACCACAACCCGAGGGAACUGCGAACCCCAGCAUGCAUUGCGCCUUACGCACCCGAAGCCAAGGGAACUGCGAAUCCCAGCAUGCAUUGCGCAUGACAUACCACAACCCGAGGGAACUGCGAAUCCCAGCAUGCAUUGCGCCUUACGCACCCGAAGCCAAGGGAACUGCGAACCCCAGAAUGCAUUGCGCCUUACGCACCCGAACUCAAAGGAACUGGCAAUCCCAGCAUGCACUUUUCCUCUGAAGCGCGGCUGUUCGUAUCCCAGCAUGCACUACUACCUCAGGAGGACUGCAACGCCUAGAACGCAUGGAUUCCGGUCACAUGACACAGGGAGACUACAAUUCCCAGCAUGCAGUGCAGCAAAAGGGCCCCACUCUGCGCAUGCGCAGCAGACUCGGCUGAUCGCACACUGCGCAAGUGGUGAGCGAAGGGGUGGGAUUGCGCUUGCGGAGUCGGGGGAAAACCCGCCCACGAGGAUUUGCGCAGGCGCAGUGAAAGCGGACCGGGCUAAGCGCAGGCGCACUCAGGGAAACCGUCCGCCCGGUCCCGCUGCCCACAGUCCCCAGUUCGACUUCGGAGGCGGCCUCGGUGCAGCACCCCUAGCUUCCGCUUCCGGCUUGGGAAGGAACUGCUUCCGGUUCGGCUCCGUCUCUCCCUGCAGCGGUGGCUUCGGCUGGGGCGGCCUGGGGGUGCCGGAGCCGCCAUGGGGCGCUCGUCGAAGGACAAGCGGGAUGUCUACUACCGCCUGGCGAAGGAGGAGGGCUGGCGGGCCCGCAGUGCCUUCAAACUCCUGCAGCUGGAUGAAGAGUUCCACCUGUUUGAGGGGGUGCGCCGGGCGGUGGACCUGUGUGCGGCCCCUGGCAGCUGGAGCCAGGUGCUGAGCAGGAAGCUGAAGUAGGUGGG